AUGAACAUGAACGUCUUCCGCAUCCUGGGCGAUGUCUCCCACACCGCCUCGAAAUGCAUUCUCAUCUGGGCCAUCCAUUCCAACAAGAGUGCCGAAGGUGUCUCUCUCUUAACCCAGAUCCUCUAUAUUGCUGUCUUUGUUACCCGCUAUCUCGACCUCUUCUGGGUCCCUCCCUCGGCGUCAUGGUGGAAUUUCAUCCUCAAGAACUUUUAUAUCUGGUCUUCCAUCUAUAUCAUCAUUUUGAUGACCCGAGUCUUCGCGCGAACCCGUGAGCGGGAAAAGGCCUGGAAGUGGGGUGCCUAUGCCACUGCUGCAUCAAUGCUUGCUGCUCCGCUGGUCUGCUUGACCUUCAAUGGUCCACGUCGAACGACCUUCACCGAAGUGCUGUGGACAUUCUCCAUCAUUCUUGAAUCCGUCUGCGUUCUCCCACAACUCCUGCUCCUUCGGCAGACGACCGUGCCUACUGUCAUUGACUCCUUCUACCUUGUCACUCUAGGCUCCUACCGAGCAUUCUAUCUUCUAAAUUGGAUCUAUCGGGCUUUCACCCCGUCCAAACCCGACGCAAUUUCGGUCAUUUUUGGCAUCAUUCAAACCGCAUUCUACAUCGACUUCGCGUGGGUGUACUGGACCAGGCAAAGAGUCAAGCUGAGGGGAGGUGGCAUUGUCGAUGCAGAGGAUCUGCGGAAAGGCUGGUUAGUCAACAGGGUCAUCAAUCCUGCUCGGCAGCCACCGGGAGAGGAUCCAGAGGCCGGUAAUGAAGAGAGCAAUGGGCAGCCGCAGCAACCGAAAGUCAACCGCUGGGGCCCCCGCGGUAUAUCCAUAUCGGCGGACGACACAUUGCAGGACCAUGACAAAGGCAAAACGGCAUCAAAGUCCGCUCCUCCCGAAGCCAAUCCGAUGCUGGAAGAGGAUACUUUUGGGUCGGAUGAGGACGAGGACGUUCCUAGGCUAGAUGGGCCUGCAAACAAGGUGUUGAACAGCGACGAGGAUUGGCGCGAGAUCGCGGCAUCGAGGCAAUGA